AUGAAUCGAUUGAAUAAACUCGACACGGAGGUUGAAUUGGAGAUUCUUCCAAAUCAACACAACACAUCACCAACGUCAGCUACUGUUUAUGGUGGAAGCUACGAUCAUUAUGGUCCGGUUAAAGAAUAUUAUUGUGGAACAAAGCGAGACCUGUGCCCUGAAAAUGAAGAUCCGUUUCUUAGACCGCCACUAUGGGAGGAUAUUACGAGUUCCAUUCAAAACAUUGAUCCUGAAAAUGCCAUAAUGUUAAGCGCUCUCACGGGAGCCACUCAAGUUAAAUUAGAAACGUCGGAUGAUACUUUUCUGGAGUCACUUUCUUCACCUCUUCUUAGUCCGCUAGAAAUUAAGACAGAAAAGGGUUAUUACCAACAAAAUCAUAACAACAAUAUCAUUCACAUAAAUUCGAGUCAUUUAGGUCACAAUAAUAACGGAAACAUCAACAACAACAAUAAUAAUAAUAAUCAUAGCAACAACAACAACUCGUACUCAGUACAAUCACAUUAUCAUCACAAUAACAACAACAAUAAUAACAAUAAUAGUAAUAAUAAUAAUAAUAACACUCAGUCGCAUCAUCCCAGUCAAUUGAAUGGCUAUCACCAGGAUUUCAAUAUUCAUCAUGGUCACAUACCACCACAUCAACAGUAUUCGAAUAAUUAUUACAAUUGGCAACAAGGAACUCAUCCAUCAAGUCAUCAGGCACCUGUUUACAGUAAUAAAUACUCGACACAAAGCAAUUUAUGUGCUCCAAUUAGUCGGUUGAUGUAUGUGCCACCUCUUACGCCACCCAGUUCUGAAGGAACUCCUGGGAGUCCAGGAAACUCUGUUCAAGUAAGUUCUUUUUGUCAUUGAGGACCUAUGCGAAGAACUCCACCCCCGCCUUAUCAUAUUCAACAGCAACAGCAACAUCAUAUGCAAAACAUAAGCAUUCAUCCCGCAAAUAAUAAUCAAUCAUCACCUCAACUAUCAUCUCAUCAUCAGCAUCAGCCUUCAAAUUCAAAUCUUACUGUGCUGAACAAUGGCAAUUCCAACGAUAACAACAAUAACUUGAAUAAUGUUAAGAGUGAAAAUACAAAUAAUAACAAUAGGAGUAAUAAAAUAGUCAUUAAGAAAACGUCAACGACUACAAUUACCACCAAUCAUUCAUCAAUAAUUUUAACCAGCUCGGGUGUGAAAACGAUUGUUGGAAAGUACAAUCGUAGAAAUAAUCCUGAGUUAGAGAAACGACGCAUUCAUCAUUGCGAUUUUAUUGGUUGUACCAAAGUAUACACGAAGAGCUCACAUCUAAAAGCGCAUCAAAGAAUUCAUACCGGUGAAAAACCUUAUUCAUGUCAAUGGCCGGAAUGUGAGUGGAGAUUUGCACGAAGCGAUGAGCUGACACGUCAUUACCGCAAGCAUACUGGAGCCAAACCAUUCAAAUGUGCCAUAUGUGAGCGAUCGUUUGCACGAAGUGAUCAUCUGGCGCUUCACAUGAAACGUCACUUACCGAAAAAUAAAUAAAAACCUUAAGCAACUUCAUGACAUUGAAACUCAAAACCCAUUGAUGAUUGUCUGUCUAAUCAUAAAGACGUUUUACGCAUUCACUUAACGAUGCCGCUUGUGUGCCCGAAAUAAAUUAUAAUAACGAAAUAACUGUGUAUUACUUUUAAAUAAUAUUAAUUGAUGUUUAUUUUAUUCAUUCUACGUUAAUGAAUACCAAAUGAAUCUAAAUGAGAUAGAAUCAGAGAAAUUUUUUGUAGAAUUGAAAAUAAAAACGCUGCCUCGGGAAACAUUGAAGAAGGUAAAGUUUUAAUAGAUUACAAGCAUCGAGUGUAUGAUAAAAUCAUGAAACCUACACUCACAAAAUACCUACAUUCAAACGAAAUCAAUCUUUCGAGU